UGGGGUGAGUUCCCUGGAGAACCCAGUUGCCGGCUUGACUGACAUGCUCUGAGGAACCGGCAGAACAGGUGCUAUUUUCUACUUCAGAGUCCAAAGGCCUGGCUGGUGCAUCUCGUCCGGCAAACCCAGCUCACACCCUGCCGGGUGAAGGAGGAAAAGCCAGAGGAGCCAGAUGUCUUGGACGACUGGGAACACCGGGUAACAGGACAGAAAGUUCUGCUCAGGCAAGUGGCCACCAACAUCUAGUUAGGAAGCCUGUGGUGUGAACAGCUCCUGGAGAAUCCCGUAUCUCCUGCGAGGAGAGCCCCAAGGAUGAGUCUGCUCAAGCUGCUGAUUUUUCUGGCCCAAUGGAGAGUCGCAAGGGCUGGACAAGGGAAGUUCUGGCACAUCUCUGACCUGCACCUUGAUCCUGACUACAAGGUAUCUUCAGACCCCCUCCAGGUGUGCCCAUCAGCUGGUUCCCAGCAGGUGUCCAAUGCAGGCCCCUGGGGUGAUUACCUCUGUGAUUCUCCCUGGGUCCUCAUCAACUCCUCCGUCUACGCCAUGAAGGAGAUCGAGCCGGAGCCAGACUUUAUCCUCUGGACGGGUGAUGACACACCUCACGUGCCCGACGAGAAGCUGGGAGAGGCGGCUGUGUUGAAAAUUGUGGAAUGCCUGACCAAGCUCAUUAGAGAGGUCUUUCCAGACACUAAAGUCUACGCUGCUUUGGGAAAUCAUGACUUUCACCCCAAAAAUCAGUUCCCAGCAGGGAGUAAUAAUAUCUACAAUCAGGUAGCAGAACUGUGGAGACCCUGGCUCAAUAACGAAUCCAUUGCUCCCUUCAAAGAAGGUGCCUUCUAUUCUGAGAAGUUGCUGGGGCAGAGUGGGGCUGGGCGAAUUGUGGUCCUCAACACCAAUCUGUACUAUAGUAGCAAUGAGCAGACAGCCAGCAUGGUCGACCCUGGGCAGCAGUUCCAGUGGCUGGAAGAUGUGCUGACCAAUGCAUCCCAAGCUGGGGAAAUGGUGUACAUUAUUGGCCACGUGCCCCCAGGAUUCUUUGAGAAGACUCGGAACAAAGCAUGGUUCCGGGAGGGCUUCAAUGAGAAGUACUUGAAGGUGGUCCAGAAGCACCAUCGAGUCAUCGCAGGGCAGUUCUUCGGCCACCAUCACACCGACAGCUUUCGGAUGUUCUAUGAUGACGCAGGUGCCCCCAUCAGUGUCAUGUUCCUUACACCUGGGGUCACCCCAUGGAAAACCACAUUACCCGGAGUGGUCAACGGGGCCAACAAUCCAGGCAUCCGGGUGUUCGAAUACGACCGAGACACACUGAGCCUGCAGGAUAUGGUGACUUACUUCGUGAACCUCAGCCAGGCGAACGAACAGGGGGACGCGCGCUGGGAGCUCGAGUACCGGGUGACCGAGGCCUAUCGUGUGCCCAACGCUAGCGCCCGCUCCAUGCACGCGGCGCUGGGUCGCAUCGCCAGCGAUCAUGACGCGCUGCAGCGCUACUACGUCUACAACUCUGUCAGCUACGACCUGCAAGCCUGCGGCGAGGCCUGCCGUGCCGAGCACGUGUGCGCACUACGCGAGGUGGCUUUCGACGCGUACGCCGCCUGUCUGCGCGCCCCCGGCACGGCGCCCGCGCCCCGCCUCGCGCUCCUACUGGCCGCGCCGCUCUGCCUGCGCGCGCUGCUUGCGUGGUGACUUUGGGAGCCAUCCGCCCGCUCUCUGGGUUCGCCUUCUUCCUGAUAAAUUGGAGCCAGCGCCAUCCAGAACUGGACUAUUCAACCAUUUUUAUGGCGUCCACAGAGUGAACUGGGAUGGGAGAGCCAGAUCUGGAAAUGAAGCCCAAAGACCGCACUAGAAGCACAUUUCUUCCAAGAGUCACGUUUUAUCCCCCUCCCCACCUCCCAAAUGCUAACCGUGCAUCUUAUUCUGUACAUUAUUCAAUAUGUAAACAACGUUUAAAGCAACACCCUUGCAGUUAUUGAAUGUCCUCCCUUCCCUCCAUACGGAUAAUCAAGAGUAAAACGAGCCGCCAGGAAGAUGCACCUGGUUGCUCCUGUGCCCUCGGUCUCCCCUGGCACACUGCCUGAACUCAAGGCAGGUCCAAGUUUUAGUCCGGGCGCUUAUCGCCAGGCCUUUCUCGCCGUCUUGGGCCUCCAGGAGCCUCAAAUGUGAAACAAGGCAAUUUCGAAAUCUGCUAAACUGAGGGCAGUGCACCUCGGACGGCAGUCUUCGGACUAGCGGUCCUCGGAGCUCAGCGGGACUGGAUGCGGGAUCCCCAGGAAAGAUUCAGCGCCUAGGUCUGGGUCAGC